GAUUGAGCUCACCAGUCAAACAAGAAAUAGCUAAUCAAUGCUAUCUGGAUAGCUUUGUCUUGAAGAAGGUUUUGACAGUAGAAACUGAAGUUUGAAAGUAGAAAUAAUCCUCUUUGGACAGCUAAACAAUGUUAAUUAUCUGGACGAAAGCUAGCUUUGGCUUCAAGUAAUUGAAGUUUGGCAGUAGAAGUUACCUGGCAUUUCCAUCGGCUGGCAAACUUAAACUAUGAAACCAGUGACUUCUCGGCGAGUUGGAUGAGAUCAGAGUAGUAGCUGCAGCAAGUAGCCAGCUACCGCAAUAUGUACUACCGGAGCCAUCCAUCACUCGAUCAACCCAAACUCCGACUGCACCAGCCAUGUCCGCCGCGCCCACCAUGUCCCCGGUGACCACGGCCGACGACGACGAGAUCCUGUACGAGUCCAUGCCACGCCUCCGCGUCUACAAGAGCCGCGUGGAGCGCUACCUGGUGGGCUCCGAGUUCGUCGCCGCCUCCACCGACGCCGCCACCGGGGUCGCCUCCCGCGACACCGCCAUCUCCCCCAACGUCUCCGCGCGCCUCUACCUCCCCCGCCUGGACGCCGACGCCGUGGACGGCACGCUCCCUGUCCUCGUCUACUACCACGGCGGCGGGUUCUGCCUCUUCUCCGCCUUCGACUCCACCUACCACGCCUACGUCAACGCCUUCGCCGCGCGCGCCAACGCCCUCGUCGUCUCCGUCGAGUACCGCCUCGCGCCCGAGCACCCCGUACCCGCCGCGUACGCGGACUCAUGGGAGGCGCUCGCGUGGGUCGUCUCCCACAGCGCCGGCGCCGGUGACGAGCCGUGGCUCGCCCGCCACGCCGACCUCUCCCGCCUCUACCUUAGCGGCGACAGCGCCGGCGCCAACAUCGCGCACCACAUGGCCAUGCGGGCGGGCGCCAGCGUCCGGGGCCUCGUCCUGGUGCACCCCUACUUCCUGGGGAGCGACGAGGUGGGCUCAGACGGCCUGGACCCGGCGGCGCGGGAGCGGCUCGGGAGGCUGUGGCGCGUCGCGUGCCCGGCCGCCGCGGGGGAGGACGACCCGCUCAUCAACCCGCUCGCGAACGGCGCGCCGGGGCUCGAGGCCCUGGCGUGCGGGCGCGUCCUCGUGUGCGUCGCCGGGGUGGACGUGCUCCGCGACCGCGGCCGCGCCUACUACGACCGGCUCGGGGCCAGCGGGUGGCCUGGCGAGGUGGAGAUGUGGCAGGCGCCGGGCAAGGGGCACAGGUUCCACCUGCUGGAGCCGGGCUGCGACGAGGCCGCCGGGCAGGACAAGGUCAUCAGCGGCUUCCUCAACCGCUGACUCGCCGGCCACGAGCUCGGCAUCGCCGGAAGAGGAAGAGUCAACUGUCUAGCUUCAUCCCCGCGAAAUAAAAAUUAAAAACUGUAACUUCACCGUAUACUGUGCAAAUAAUAACUGUAGCUUCGUCGCUGCUUCGUCUAUACUAGGCUUUGUCCGGUUUAUAACUCUAGCAGACAUACUACUAUCUUUUCAAUUU